AUGUCUCCGCUACCGACUCGCAUAUUAGCUGGAGUCACCAUUCCAGAUACACCACUCAUUACCAAUGCUCUCGAAUACACCAGAGCACACUCUACCGAUUUUGCCUUUAAUCAUGUCCAACGAUCCAUGCUCUUUGGUUUCAUCAUGGCAUCUAAAAUUCCUAGCCUUGCCGAUCGCGAUAUCGAGGUUCAUGCCAUUGGAGCCCUGAUGCAUGAUAUUGGAUGGGAUCCAACUGGUGAAUUGGUCUCGAAAGAUAAACGAUUUGAGGUUGAUGGUGCUGAUGCUGCGAGGAACUUUUUGCAAAGGGAAGCACCGGAUUGGGAUAAGCAUAGAUUGCAGCUAGUCUGGGACGCAAUCGCCCUCCACACAACAGGCACUAUCGUAUUCCACAAAGAACCCGAAGUUCAAGCCGUAGCCUACGGGAUCUGGGCCGAUUUCCAGGGACCGGACCGUAUACAGAAUAACCUCUUGACAUGGGACGAAUACAACACCGUGGUAGCCGAGCUCCCUCGCCUCAACCUUAUGAAAGGUCUGAAGGGUCUGAUGUGUCAUUUUUGCGAGACUAAACCUGCUACUACGCUUGAUAACACGGUGGGUGAGUGGGGUGAUAAGUUUGUGGAGGGUUACGAUAGGAAGGGGAAGUUGACUUGUGACCUGUUGCUCACUUGCGAUUUGGAUGGGAAGACGUUGUUGGAAGAUCCUUACUGA